GCCGGAGCGAAAGGUCCGAACCUCGUUGACGUCUUCUUCCGGUGACGUUUGCAAGCAUGAAGUUUCUGAUGAAUAUCCAAGAUAAUCAAUGCCGGUCUCUUCGCCGGCACUAUUGCCGUAAACCCCGCCGAUAACAGCUGCAUGGGUCUUGAGAACCCCACGAUGCUAUCUCUAAUCAACAGUAUAACCGUGACUAACUGAAGGUCCAGCAAAACUAUUCGAUCCUGUCUUCAUAUCCGCCAAUCACACACGCAGUGUCGGCGUCAGCCAAGCUUUCCCAACCGUCAAUUAGCUGGCUCUUAUCUGGCAGUACCCGGCAUCUUUGCCAGCCACCCCCGCGAUAUGGUCCAAGAUUCGACAUUCAACCAGCAAGACUGCAUCCCGGGAACCCGGAUCCGAGCACGGUGGUGUGGAUGAGGUAACGUCCCGCUGAGGAAAUGCCGUGAUACUGAUGAGGGCACUGCUAUAUAAGAUGGACCACGACAUCUGAAUCGGGCAGAAGAAAGACAUUCUCACCCUCAUUCUCAACAUCCUAGAGGAGGAACUGGCAUCAUGACGAGACUUGCAAGACUUCUCAUUGCUGCCUCUGCGGCCUGGCUGGGGUUUGCAGGUAUCGGGAACUGCUCGACAGUCAAGGGCGUCCCUUUCCCCAGCCUCACCGAGGUCACCAUCGAUGACCUGGAGGAAGGACUCUCAAGAGGUCUCUUCACCAGUGUCGACCUGGUCAAGGCCUACUUGGCACGCAUUGAACAAGUCAACCCUCUGUUACGAGCUGUCAAUGAGGUGAACCCAGAUGCCCUCGACAUUGCCGCUGAGCUGGAUGCUAUGCGUGCCAACGGGACCACUCUCGGUCCACUUCAUGGCAUUCCCAUUCUGAUCAAGGACAACAUUGCCACAGCGGACAAGAUGAACAACACUGCUGGCUCCUUUGCACUGGUGGGCGCGAAGGUUCCUCAUGACAGUACCAUGGCGGUGAAGCUGCGUGAGGCUGGCGCCAUUAUCCUCGGCAAGGCCAACCUCAGUCAAUGGGCCAACUACAGGAGUAGUAACUCGUCCAGUGGUUGGUCAGCGUAUGGUGGUCAGGCAACCGGGGCUUACUAUCCCAAUGAAGACCCCGGCGGUAGUUCCAGCGGCAGUGGCGUUGCUGCAUCCAUUGGUCUUUGUCUUGCGGCCCUUGGUACAGAGACCUCCGGAUCAAUCAUCUCCCCAUCCCAGAAAGGAUCUCUAGUCGGCAUCAAGCCCACCGUCGGCCUCACCUCCCGCUACCUCGUCAUCCCCAUUUCCUCCCACCAAGACACCAUCGGCCCCAUGGCCCGCACCGUCAAAGACGCCGCCAUCAUCCUCCAAGCCAUCGCCGGCCACGACCCCAGAGAUAACUACACAUCCACCAUCCCCUGGGAGGACUCCAAGAUCCCGGAUUACGUCUCCGCCCUCAACGUCAGCUCCCUCUCAGGGGCAAGAAUCGGCAUCCCCUACAACACCCUCAACCCCAACGCCAGCACGGUAGAGAUGACCGCCUUCUGGUCCGCCAUCGACACAAUGAAAUCCGCCGGUGCCACCGUCGUCAGCGCAAACUUCACUGUCCCCUCCCCUAACACAACCUCCAUCGUCCUCGGCGCAGACUUUGUCUCUGACCUCGCGGUGUAUCUUGAUUCUCUAUCGCACAACCCUUACAACCUCCACACCCUAGAAGACAUCCGCAACUUCACCCAAAACUCCAGCCUGGAGUUCUUCCCCGACAGGGACACCGCCCGUUGGGACGGCGCGCUCGAGCUCGGGUACAACAACUCUGACAUUCGCUUCUGGGAGGAAUACCAGCGCAACCUCUACUGGGGUGGCGAGGGCGGUCUUUUGGGAGCGAUUGAGCGAAAUGAUCUUGACGCGGUGGUGUUACCCACCAGUCAGGCUGCUGCCAAGGCGGCGAUUCAGGGGGCACCGAUUGUGACGUUGCCGUUGGGGUAUUACCCUGCCACAUGGAACGUUACGAGGAACGCGAGGGGGUUGGUGCAGCAGGGGCCUAAUAUUCCUUUUGGGAUCAGCUUUUUGGGCGGCAUGUUUGAGGAGGAGAAGUUGCUGGCUUUGGCGUAUGCGUUUGAGCAGAGGACUUUGGUGAGGAAGAAGGGGCCGAGGCCGGUGAUUGUGCCGAAUUUGGAGUUGGGUGAUUUUGUGGGGUUUUGA